AUAAAACCCAGGCCCUGAAUGCCGGGUAGACACCCACGGCGUGGAUCUCGGCUUCAGGGUGACAGCCAAAGACAAUUGAUCAAGUCGUGCACUCAUUACACAGGCACUAGAUAGAUGUGCAAAGAACACGGUACUGAGCUCCAAAGUGGGGAAAAGAGGUGUUGGUGGGAUUGACUCCAGGGGCCGCAGCUGCUGACUUCUGAACUGUGGCUCGCAGGGAACAUGGCUGAGGCACACCAGGCCUCCAGCUUGCUGUGUUCACUGAGCUCCGACGGGGCAGAAGUGGAGCUCAGCUCCCCUGUGUGGCAGGAGAUUUACCUCUCCGGCUUGCGCUCCUGGAAAAGGCAUCUCUGGCGUGUCUGGAACGACAUCUUUACUGGCGUGGCCCCUGCGAGCCCCCUCAGCUGGCUCUUCCUCUUUAGUGCAAUCCAGCUCGCUUGGUUCCUCCAGCUGGAUCCUUCCCUAGGACUGAUGGAGAAGAUUAAAGAGUUGCUGCCAGCCUGGGCUGGACAAUACCAUCAGCUCCAGGAGCUCCUGGCAGCAGCACUGUUUGCCUCAUGUUUGUGGGGAGCUCUGAUCUUCACACUUCAUGUGGCUUUGAGGCUCCUUCUGUCCCACCAUGGCUGGCUUCUGGAACCUCAUGGCACCAUGUCCUCACCCACAAAGACCUGGCUAGCACUGGUCCGAAUCUUCUCUGGAAGGAACCCGAGGCUGUUUGGCUUCCAACGCGCGCUCCCGCGACAGCCUGUGCCCACGGCGCAGGAGUCCGUUCGCAAGUACCUAGAGUCAGUGCGCCCUGUGCUUGGGGACGAAGCUUUCGACCGCGCGGCGGCGCUGGCGAGCGACUUCCUGAGGUUGCAGGCACCACGGCUGCAACGCUACCUGCACCUCAAGUCCUGGUGUGCUUCCAACUACGUCAGUGACUGGUGGGAAGAGUUUGUCUACCUGCGCUCCCGAGGCUCACUGAUGGUUAACAGCACCUACUACCUGAUGGUGAGGAGGGAGGCUGGGCAGUGGGUAGCCUCGGUGACCCAUGACGAUUUCCUGUAUGUCACGCCCACACCACUGCAGGCGGCACGUGCGGGCAACGCCGUCCACGCCCUCCUCCUGUAUCGCCACCUCCUGAACCAGCAGGAGAUCCCACCGACUUUGCUGAUGGGGAUGCGGCCUCUGUGCUCUGCCCAGUACGAGAGGAUAUUCAACACCACGAGGGUUCCAGGGGUGGAAAAAGACUACCUCCGUCACCUCCGGGACAGCCGGCAUGUGGCUGUCUUCCAUCGGGGCCGAUUCUUCAGUGUAGGGACCCACUCGUCCAGUGGCCUGCUGUCUCCACGGGCCCUAGAGCAGCAGUUCCAGGAGAUCCUAGAUGACCCCUCCCCAGCUUGCCCCCUUGAGGAACACUUAGCUGCUCUGACUGCUGCGCCCAGGAGUAUGUGGGCCCAGGUGCGGGAGUCAGUGAAGACCCAUGCUGCCGCUGCCCUGGAGGCUGUGGAAGGGGCUGCCUUCUUUGUGUCCCUUGAUUCCGAGCCGGCAGGACUGACCAGGGAGGACCCUGCAACUUCCCUGGAUGCCUAUGCCCACGCUCUGCUGGCUGGCCGAGGCCAUGACCGCUGGUUUGACAAAUCCUUCACCCUCAUCGCCUUCUCCAAUGGGAAGCUGGGCCUCAGCGUGGAGCACUCCUGGGCUGACUGCCCUGUCCCCGGACAUAUGUGGGAGUUUACCCUGGCCACAGAGUGCUUCCAGCUGGGCUACGCUGCAGAUGGCCACUGUAAGGGGACCCCUGACCCCACCCUGCCGAGGCCUGAGCGCCUGCAGUGGGAGCUGCCGGAGCAGAUUCACCCGUCCAUCUCCCUGGCCCUGAGGGGAGCCAAGACCUUGUCGGGCAAUGUUGACUGCCACGUCUUCCCCUUUUCCCAUUUUGGCAAGAGCUUCAUCAAACGUUGCCAUGUCUCUUCAGACAGCUUCAUCCAAUUGGUCCUGCAGCUGGCCUACUUCCGGGACAGGGGUCAAUUCUGCUUGACUUAUGAGUCAGCCAUGACCCGACUGUUCCUGGAAGGCAGGACAGAGGCGGUGAGGUCUUGCACUACAGAGGCCUGUCGCUUUGUGAGAGCCAUGGAGGACAAGGAGAAGACAGACCAACAGUGCCUUGCCCUGUUCCGGGUGGCUGUGGACAAGCACCAGGCUCUACUGAAGGCAGCAAUGAGCGGGCAGGGGAUCGACCGGCACCUGUUUGCGCUCUAUGUCAUGUCGAGAUUCCUCCAUAUGCAGUCGCCCUUCCUGACCCAGGUCCAGUCACAGCAGUGGCCGCUGUCCACCAGCCAGAUCCCUGCGCAGCAGACGCACCUGUUUGAUUUCCACAAUUAUCCGGAUUAUGUUUCCUCUGGCGGUGGAUUCGGGCCCGCCAGCGACCAGGGGUAUGGCAUCUCCUAUAUCUUCAUGGGGGAAAACAUGAUCACCUUCCACAUCUCCAGCAAGAAAUCAAGCAUAAAAACAGACUCGCAUCGGCUGGGGCAGCACAUUGAGAACGCCCUGUUGGACAUCGCCUCCCUGUUCCAGGCUGGGCAGCAUUUCAAGUGCCAGUUCAGGAGCCUUGGGGAGACCUCGGGACACAGACGUGGUGUUCUCUCCAACAAGACUGUGGACCCCAAGGGCCCCACAACCUCCACCAACCUUUGAGCCCCUCAGCAGGGAGCUGGUCUCUCUCAGGAAGGAGGGCACUGUUUCCAGGGCUAGGCUGGGGCAGACCUGAGGAUUGGGGAUCCCCACACCCACCUGGUAAUAAAGAUACGUGAGUUGGG